AGAUUGGAAUUUAUAAUUUAUUGUAAUCUGUAUGUACAUAUCUUUUAAUUUUGUUUACAGUCAGAGGCAAAAACAAAGAUUAAUAUAAGGCGGAAAAAUGGCCAUUACCACCUUAUUGCGGCGAUCCUUAAUUAACGGCACAUUAUAUUCAGCUGCAACAUUACGAUUUGCUUCCACACAGCCUGAAAAGAAAGUGUUUUUUGAUGUAUCUGCCGAUGGAGAGCCCCUUGGGCGUAUUGUUAUGAAACUUGAUUCAGAUUUAGUACCCAAGACAGCUGAAAAUUUUCGGGCACUAUGCACAGGAGAAAAAGGUUUCGGUUAUAAAGGAUCUUCUUUUCAUAGAAUCAUCCCCAAUUUCAUGUGUCAGGGCGGUGAUUUUACCAAUCACAAUGGAACUGGUGGUAAGUCGAUCUAUGGGCGUACGUUCCAGGAUGAAAAUUUCAAAUUAAAGCACACAGGCCCUGGAAUCUUGUCCAUGGCAAAUGCCGGUCCUGAUACAAAUGGUUCUCAGUUUUUCAUCACAACUGUAGCAACACCUUGGCUAGAUAGAAAACAUGUGGUUUUUGGUGAAGUUGUUGAAGGUUUAGAAGUUGUAAAGAAAAUGGAAAGUUUAGGAUCUCGUACUGGAAAGCCUUCUAAGAAAGUUGUAAUAUCUGAAUGUGGUGACAUGGAUCAAGAAAUAGUUUGAGCUGUUAUGCUGGAAGAGUAUUUUACGUAAAAAUUAAAGAGUCAGUUGUAUGAUUUUUCCAUGAAAUAAACAUACAUCUCUUAAGUAAAAUGUACUUUACUAAAAUAGUCUAGAGUUCUUGCCUUGUUUCUACAUAGACGUAGGUAGACUUUAAAGAGAAAUUCUUUCUAUAAUACCUAAUUUAAAUGAAGAAUAUAGUGUAGACAAUAAUGUGAAAGUAAAGCAUAUUAACAAGUACCUAUCUUGUGCUCAUGUGUCAUUACCAAAG